AUGUUUGCUCCCAUAUUCCUCCUUGACCAAGGCUUACCAGCCUUUCGCAAUCCACAGGGCAAAGUCGCCGAACUGCGACAAGAGUUGCAGGCUGUCGGUGGAAAGAAGGACAAGGGCCACUUGGGCAAGAAGAUUGCCCUCAAGAAGAUUGUCGCAAACAUGACCAUGAGCAACAAUGACAUGAUCGCCCUCUUCCCCGAUGUCAUCCAAGUUAUGGGCCUCGCCAGUCUGGAAAUCAAGAAGAUGUGCUUCCUAUACCUGGUCCACUAUGCUAGGAUUAAGCCCGAGAUUGCUCUCAAGGCUCUGCCGCAUNNCUUGUCCAGGUCCGUCAAUCUUCUCAGGCCUUCCAAUGCUCCAGCUGACCCUGUGCAGGAUAUGGAAGAUACAAACCCACUAGUACGAGCCCUCGCCCUGCGGACAAUGUCAUACAUCCACGUCCGUGAAUUCGUCGAAGCCGCCGUCACUCCCACAAAACACCUUCUGCGAGAUGCCGACCCCUACGUGCGCAAAACCGCUUGUUUCUGUGUCGCCAAACUCUAUGACCACGACAAGACUUUGGUCGAGAGUUCAGAUCUCAUCACCGGAUUGAACAACAUGUUGAGAGAUGAGAACCCCACUGUCGUCUCAAGCGCUCUGGCCUCUCUGACCGACAUCUGGGAGAGGAGCGAGUCAAUCAAACUUACAAUCGACUACAACAGUGCUUCCAAGAUUGCUUCCAUCCUGGCAGAAACGUCCGAGUGGAACCAAACAUAUAUCCUCGAAGCUCUCAUGAACUUUGUUCCUCAGGACUCGGGACAGGCUUCCAUGCUGGCUGAGCGCAUCACUCCUCGCCUUUCUCACACCAACUCUGCCGUUGUUCUUGGCUGCAUCCGCCUCAUUCUCUACCUCAUGAACUACAUCGCAGACGAAAAGGUCAUUACAGCUCUGAUGAACAAGCUGUCUCCUCCCCUUGUCACGCUUCUCUCAAAGGGCCACGAAAUCCAAUAUCUUGCUCUGCGAAACGCCCUCUUGAUUCUGCAAAGAAGACCGGACAUUCUAAAGAACGACAUUCGUGUCUUCUUCUGCAAGUAUAACGACCCCAUCUACGUCAAGGUCACCAAGCUGGAACUCAUCUUCAUGCUCGCAACCCAGGACAACAUAAACGAAGUUCUGAACGAGCUGAGAGAAUACGCGACCGAGAUUGAUAUUCACUUUGUCAGAAAAUCUGUUCGCGCCAUUGGAAAACUAGCCAUCAAGAUUGAACCUGCUGCAAGACUGUGUAUCAACACUCUUCUCGAGCUCGUUGCGACCAAGGUCUCAUACAUCGUUCAAGAGGCGACGGUGGUGAUCCGUAACAUUUUCCGCAAGUACCCUAACCAGUACGAGUCGAUCAUUAGCACGUUAUGUGAGAAUCUCGAUUCGUUGGACGAGCCCGAGGCAAAGGCUGCUAUGAUCUGGAUCAUCGGACAAUACGCCGACAGGAUUGACAACAGUGAUGUUCUCCUGGACGACUUCUUGUACACAUUCGCAGAUGAGCCGCAUGAAGUCCAACUGGCCCUUCUGACAGCGACGGUAAAGCUGUUUAUUCAGAGACCUAAAAAGGGACAAGAACUCGUACCAAAGGUCUUGAAGUGGGCCACCGAAGAGACAGACAACCCUGAUCUUCGCGACAGAGGAUACAUGUACUGGCGUCUACUCUCUUCAGAUCCAGUAGCGGCGAAACAAGUCGUCAUGGGAGAAAAGCCGCCGAUCACGGCAGAAACAGAAAAGCUGGACCCAUUCACCCUGCAAGAGAUGUGCUUGGUGGUAGGCUCACUCGCAACCAUCUACCUGAAGCCCAUCAAGUCCGUCUUCCGCUCCGCCCGCCCACGAAUCGUGCCAGAGAGUCCCGCGUUGCAGAAGCACAGACUACCCAGCCAUCAAGCCAUGUUGGACGCACAAAAGCACUGGACAGAAAUGACAUCGAUGGCCAGCGCACAGCAGCGACAGAACGGCAAUGCUCAUGCUGCUAAUGGCGAUCUUGCGGCAGCCGUCGAUGCAGCGGACGUCUACUUUUCUACGAUUGGAAGCCAGCAGAUGGCAAACAUGGGACUAAACGACGAUGGCUAUGCCUCGCCAGGAGGCGGGGACGGGGGUCAGACCAUGUUCGUCGUGAACCAGAAUCAACCACAGCAAGUCUAUCAGCCUACUGUGGGAAAUGGCAAUGGCGAUCUUCUGAGCUUCUAG